AUGAAGAACUUCGUGAAUGGAAAAAUCUGGCAGUGGAAUGCCAACAGCUCCGUAGCUGGAGCGUACGCAGAGUGGAUGAGCGUAUCGCACGACGGUUGUAUCGCUGCAGUAGGUUCCGGCUCGCCUCCUCCCGCUGACGAGACGGAGAACCUGAAUGGCGCACUAGUGCUGCCAGGAUUACACGACUCCCAUAUUCACGUAUCGAUGCUGGGCGAGUGCGCCGAGUGGCUCAAUCUAUCGGGCUGCACUUCCUUUGAGAUGUUCACUGAGCGUCUUCGGAAAUACGAUGCGCAGUAUCCGGCCAAAGCUUGGGUAGUGGGUUAUGGCUGGGCGCAAGACGAGCUCUCGAGCGAUGCACGCUAUCCGUCUCGCCACGAUAUCGACGACGUGAUCCAAGAUCGCCCUGUGCUUCUGCAUCGCUCGUGUUGGCAUAUUGCAGUGGUGAAUACAAAAGCCUUAGUGAUUGCAGGCGUGGAAUGGACUGCCACGAGUCAGGACGAUAGAGACGGGGCAAUUGGUGUGGACGAUGACGGGGCCACGGGCAUCUUGAAAGAGCAUGCCGUACAAUUAGUGCAAAAGCAUGUCAACGAGCCGUCAUUAGAUCUGCGUGUCGACUACUGCAAGGAAGCCCUGAAGAAAUGUGUACGUGCCGGUCUAACGGCUGUCCACACGAAUGAUGAGGAUGCGUGGCGCGUGUAUACUAAACUGCAAGCGGAAGACGGUCUGCCUGUUCGCGUUUAUCUGACACCAUCGAUUCACGAGCUAGGCAAGUCUAUGGUGCCCAAAGCUGGUGAUUGCAAUGGACUCGUUUCGUGCCACCGCAUGAAAAUCUUCAGUGACGGGAGUUUGGGCGCGGAAACCGCAGCACUGCGCGUUCCGUACAAAGGUACAAGCAACAAAGGCCUUCUCGUGCAUUCAGACGAAGACCUUGCGCAGCUUAUUGGCAACGCGAAUGCAGCUGGAUAUCGCGUUGAAGUGCAUGCAAUCGGGGAUCGAGCAGUGGAGCAAGUACUAAAUGCUCUCCAGGCGGCUGGCGUUGGUCCACAUAGACGUCCGAUUCUCACGCACUGUCAAAUCCUCGGCAAAGAUCUGAUUGCCCGCAUGCGCGAGCAAGGCGUCAUUGCCAGCAUCCAGCCGUCGUUCACUGUGAGUGACGCAGCAUUCGUGCGCAAGCGGUUGCGCGACGAGGUGGUCCCGUUUUCCUACUGCUGGAAGCGUCUGCUGGACAGUGCAGUUGUCUGCGCCGGUGGAAGCGACGCGCCGAUUGAGACGUGCAACCCGUUCCAGGGCAUGUACGACGCCCUGCACCGCCACACAGAGGACCUACCCGAACGUGUGUUUCUACCGAACGAGCAGCUCUCGUUUGACGAGGCGCUUGCGCUCUACACGAAAGGUGGCGCCUUUGCAGUAAUGGCAGAGCACACACUCGGCCAACUCGCUCCAGGCUAUUGCGCCGAUUUCGUCGUGCUGGGCACAGAUGUGACGCGGGAUCCGAGCGCUUUAGUGGCAUUGGAUCUCGUGUCGGGGGUCUGGGUGAACGGCAAACAGACGUAUCAGUAUGACUCGGCCUCGACAGGCGCUAUGGACUCGGAGUCGGACUUUAGCACGAGUUUUUUGCCAGGCAAAAACGGUCACGGGCACAUGUGUCGAUGCUGCCAGCGGUAA